GAAAAGUGCAGAAAUCAUCAUACCAGCAGCCAUGAUGACACCUCACAGCAGCGACAGGUUGUGUUUGUCACAGAGGAAGUGAAAAGAGCAGAGUGUGUCGUGCCAUUUGUUAGUAGGACAGGAUGCUGCUGACACCUUUCUGCCUGACACUGACCUGUCUUCAGGUCCUUCCCAACAGGUCUCAGUUUUUCCGUUACAACUCUGUCUCUCUGAGCUGUGAGGAUGAGAGGAACUCCACAGGCUGGAAGGUGAAGAGGAAAACACCAGAUGGAGGGAUCAGGCCCUGCUCCUCAGGAUGGGGCUACGUGUCUUCGGGCUCCACCUGCAUCAUCGCAAACUCUUACCCAACAGACACCGGGGUGUACUGGUGUGAGUCUGAGAAAGGAGAGCAGAGCAAUAGUGUCAACAUCACCAUCACUGAUCGCACUGUGAUCCUGGAGAGUCCUGCCCUCCCCGUGUUGGAGGGAGCUGCUGCGACGCUGUACUGCAAAGCGGAGACAAACACCUCGGACCACACCUAUGAUUUCUUUAAGGAUGGCCAUGUCAUCAUCACUAACAGUUCGGGAGAGAUGACCAUUGAUAGCGUUUCCAAAUCUAAUGAGGGCCUCUACACGUGCAGCAUCUCUGGAGGUGGAGAGUCAGCAGGCAGUUGGCUGGCAGUUUCAGUUCCUUUUGAACCAUCAUCAUCAGCUCCAAGUUCAGCCCCAACAAUGUGUUCGGUCCUCAGACUUUUGUGUCAUCUUGCGGUGGGAAUGCCUUACAUGUUCUCCACCAUCCUACUAGGACUCAUAUGCAGAGACAGGAAGAGAGCAGCUCAGAUGGUCACAGACCAGGGAGGCAGGGACGAUGUCAUCAUGGAAAUACUCGUAUAGCUGCUGUUAAACACAAACGGAUUAAAAUGACUUAGAAUUCUGCACCACAAGGUCAUGGAAACGUUAAAGGAGAUGUUUGUGCCUUUGAUGAAGGAUUUUUCUCUUACUUGAGUCUUUUUGUUUAGCAGGUGCAUAAUUUUAUACCAUACAAACUUUAUUUAAACUUACACACGGCAACUGAAGCAAAGUGCUGUACAUCAGCAAUAAAUAGUUUUAUAAAAUUUUAGAUGAACUUUAUCUUAAAAUCUUAAAACUUUAUUUAAAAUAAAGUUUUAACAUUUGUUUAUCAAAGUAAGUAAAUGUGUUGCUGUACAUUGCAGUGGAGCCCAAAAUAUUAUAUAUGUAAUAUAUAAGAUAUAAACAUACACAUAUGAAAUAUGUAUCUCUGUAGUAUUAAAAGAAAGUGCAAGGACCCGUUUGUGUUUG